GAGGAGGAAGGCAGCUGCUUUCCUGCCCUCCUCACAGCCUGCAGAGCUGCCAGCCAGUAUGGCCAGGAGCAAGGCCACCCUCUGCACAUGGCUGGGCUGCCCUGGGAUGCUGGGCUGCUGCUUGCUGGGCUUUCUUGCAGGAUGGUUUACAAAACCAACCGAAAAAUCCCCCAGCACUUCAGAAGUCUAUCAAAAUGCAAGACAGAAACUUGUGGCUGAAAUGAAAGCAGAAAACAUCAAACAAUUCCUUCGCUCUUUUACCAAGUUGCCUCACCUCGCAGGAACUGAGCAGAAUCUUCUUCUUGCCAAACAAUUUCAAGGCCAGUGGAAGGAAUUUGGACUGGAUUCAGCAGAGCUUGUUCAUUAUGAUGUGCUUCUUUCAUACCCAGAUGAAAAGGAGCCAAACUACAUCUCAGUAACUGAUGAUUGGGGGAAUGAGAUUUUCAAUACAUCAUUGUUUGAACCACCUCCACAGGGGUAUGAAAAUGUUACAGAUAUACUGCCACCAUAUAAUGCUUUUUCAGCACAAGGAGUGCCAGAGGGAGAUCUGGUAUAUGUGAAUUAUGGCCGCACUGAAGAUUUUUUUAAGCUGGAACGUGAAAUGGGAAUUAACUGUAAAGGAAAGAUUGUCAUUGCCAGAUAUGGGAAGAUCUUCAGAGGAAACAAAGUUAAAAAUGCCAUAUUAGCCGGAGCCCAAGGGAUCAUACUUUAUUCAGACCCUGCUGACUACUGUGCUCCAGGAGUAGAUGCUUAUCCAGAUGGCUGGAACCUUCCAGGCAAAGGAGCCCAGCGUGGGAAUGUGUUAAACCUGAAUGGAGCUGGGGACCCUCUGACACCAGGUUAUCCUGCAAAAGAGUACACUUUCAGGUAUAAAGUUAAUGAAGGUGUAGGGAUUCCCAAAAUCCCAGUCCAUCCCAUUGGAUAUCAUGAUGCAGAAGUAUUAUUACGUGCAAUGGGAGGAGCUGCAGCUCCAGACAGCAGCUGGAAAGGACAUCUCAACGUGUCCUAUAACAUAGGGCCAGGAUUUGCAGACAACUCUUCUACAAGAAAAGUCAGAAUGCAUGUUCAUACAAACAAUAAAAUAACACGAAUUUACAAUGUCAUUGGCAUCCUCAGAGGAGCUGUGGAACCAGACAGAUAUAUCAUUUUAGGAGGUCAUAGAGAUUCUUGGGUAUUUGGUGGUAUUGAUCCAACUACAGGUGCAGCUGUUUUGCAAGAGGUUGUGAGGAGUUUUGGCAAAAUGAAGAUGGAAGGUUGGAGACCUAAGCGAACGAUUAUUUUUGCUAGCUGGGAUGCAGAAGAAUUUGGAUUAUUGGGCUCCACAGAAUGGGCUGAGGAAAAUGCCAGAAUCCUCCAGGAAAGAGCAGUUGCUUACAUCAACACAGACUCUUCCAUAGAAGGCAACUACACAUUAAGAGUUGACUGCACCCCACUUCUCUAUAAAUUGGUGUAUAGGCUGACAAAAGAGAUUUCAAGCCCUGAUGAGGGUUAUGAAACUAAGUCUCUUUAUGACAGUUGGCUUGAGAAAGAUCCUGCAACUGAAAAUAAUAGCUAUCCCAGAAUAAACAAACUGGGAUCAGGCAGUGAUUUUGAAGCUUACUUUCAGAGACUGGGAAUUGCAUCAGGCAGAGUCCGUUAUACCAAAAAUAGGAAAACAGACAAGUUUAGCAAUUAUCCUCUUUAUCACACUGUGUAUGAGACCUUUGAGUUAGUUGAAAAGUUUUAUGACCCCACCUUCAAGAAACAGCUAACAAUUGCCCAGCUACGAGGGAAACUGGUUUAUGAACUGGCAGAUUCCCAGCUCCUUCCAUUCGACUGCAGAGAUUAUGGAGAAGCCUUAGAAACAUAUAGCAAUAGGAUUUAUAAAUUGGCCAAGAAACAUGAAGAAGAGCUGAAAACUUACAGAGUAUCAUUUGAUCCUCUUUUUUCUGCUGUGGUGAACUUUUCAAAGGCUGCUGCUGAAUUUCACAGGAGACUUGAACAAGUUGACAAAAAAGAUCCAGUUGCAGUGCGAAUCAUGAACGAUCAGUUGAUGCUUCUGGAAAGAGCUUUCAUUGAUCCUCUUGGCUUACCAGGAAGGAAGUUUUACAGACAUGUCAUCUUUGCUCCAAGCAGCCACAACAAGUAUGCUGGGGAGUCUUUCCCGGGGAUCUAUGAUGCCAUGUUUGAUAUUGAAAGCAAAGCAGAUCAGCAUGAAGCCUGGGAAGAGGUUAAGAGGCAGAUUUCCAUUGCAGCCUUCACUGUGGAGGCAGCAGCAGGGACACUGAAAGAAGUUGCAUAGAAUGGUGGCUUUGAAAAGCUCAGUCAAAUAGCAAAGUCUAAAUUGGGCUGUAGUAGGCUACUACACUGACCCAGAUUGACUGUUGUAGCUGACUUUCUUACCUGAAUGCAUGCAAGUGUACUGGUAGGGUAAGCAGCAGCUCUGUGUAUCAAAGAACUCCUAAGCUAGAAAUUUCUGCUUCUCUGAUGCUGACAGAACUGUAGCUUUAAGAAAAAUCCUACAUGGAAAUAAAAUUAGGGGUUGAAAGAAGGAAAAAAUCAUUUCCCAACUAGAGAUUUUCUGAAAGAUCUUCCAAUUUUAAGAGCCUGUUGCUUUGGAUGUACAGUUACAGAACCAGUUAUUUGCCAAGAGAUCUGUAUAUCCCAUCCAUGUCACUGAUCAACAGCAUACCUUUCAAGAGAAAAAAAUGCAAUAUGCCUCAGCAGGAUUUUUUUCUUGUUCUGAUUACUUUCAUGAUAUAACACUAAAGACAUCUCUAUUCUGAUAGACUGGUGAGUGCUCAUUAUAUUGAUUUUCUUUUCCUGAAAAAAACCCCCUACUGGCCCUCAUGCCAGUUUCCAAAGCAGUACUAGCCAUUCUUGACCAGAGAAAACAACUGCUUAUAUGCAGAAAUCCAAAAUCAUUUUCUUGGGAUAAGAAGUCCGUAUCUCUGAAAGGCAGUGUGCACCUCCAUCCUUAAUUUGCACUUGGGUACAUACAGAUUGUGGAGGAUAACCAAAAAAUUACCUUCCUGCUCCUUCUGACACUUUCACCAGCCCCAGAAUCAUGGCAGAUUUUGUUCUAUAUUUCUUUAUCCCAGGGAGAUUUCAUUCAUGCAGAUGUUUUCUUACAGUUGAGGGAGAUGAAAGACAUUGACACUAUUGGCAAGUGGCUUGAGGUUGGUCUGCCUUCAAAUAAGAACUGAGGAAAGUUUCCCAUCAGCAGCUGCUUUUGAAUUCAAAGAGAAACUGAAAUGCAUGAGAAGGGUAAUUGUACAAAACUAUUUAAUUUGUAAAAAAAAAUUGAUUCUUGCUGCAUUUGCGCUUUAAAUGUACUUCUCAUCUACAUGUUUUAUAACUAAUAAAACUGCUAGAAUUUUAUUAAAUCACAUUCCAGUUUGUGGGAGCUGAUAAUAAGCAAUAUUUCUCUUAUGUAAAAUAUAAUACAAUUUCUCUCACAACUAUAAA